AUGGAAAUUAUGCGGAAUGGUUACUGCGCUAUAAAAUCAGCUAUUUUAGCAGUAAUCGAAUGGCGUUCCGCUGCUUCUGCACCAUAUUUUAUGUUUAUUAAUAGUGCUUUUUGGUGGAGUGUUUUUUAUUUGGAUAAAGGAACACAACUACGAUUAUUGAUCUCAUUUGCUGCAGGUGUCUUCAGUUGGGAUAUUUUAUUAUCCUCAACUUAUGAUCGAAGUAUUUUGUGCCAUAUCUUAACAUGGCCUAUACGAAGUGUAUUGAGGACGGCAAGCGUAGUAAUGGCAUUGUACAGUGCAAAGUUCCUUUAUUUGACCGAAUUUGAAAAAGCAUGUUGGAGUGCAUAUAGUGCAGCGAUAAGAGUGCGCGACAGUAUAUUAUGGCCUUUCUUUGUAUUACUUAUUUCAUUAAUGCAUAAGGUCUGCGCACAACUUUAUCGAAUUUUACUGCAGCCGGUAAUUGAUAUUCUAUAUGAGAAAUAUAAAGUAUGCGAGGACUACUUAUUAAUUUAUUGUUUAGGUCCGGUUUGCCAAGUUGUUGUCAAUCAUAUUCCUGAAAGAUCGCCAUUUUGCGAUGAUACAGAUACUGAAUUAGCGGAUUUGCUACCACCUGGUUUCAGUAAUGAAGAAGAAUCUGACAUUGAAGAAGCCUCCGACAAACCUUCGUUACCAAGUCGAUCUCUUAGUCCUUUUACAGAAGAUGAACGUGAUUUUGUUCGUGGUUUGAAAUUCCCGAACUUAGAUAGUUCAGACUCAAGCGAAGCUGAAUUCGCACUGAGAACGAAGUCAAAUUCUCAGAAAUCGUUGAGAAAAAGACCAAAGAUCCAUCCAAAAGAUCCAGCACCAUCGACUUGCAGUGAUAAGUUAAUUUCAAGAGCACAUAAAGCACAGAACGAUGAAAAUAAAUAUAAGCGUUCAUCGUCAACAAGUAGUCAUUCUGAAAGUGUGCCUUCAUCGUCUGCUCAGAAUGCAUCAGAUGAUGCGGAUCUUCAAAACUUAGAUGCAUUUGAUUUUGAAUCGGAGAGUUGUCCGGGAGCAGAAUUUCAGAGAGAUACUGUGGAAAUUCAAAAAUUGGAAGAUUCCAAUGAUGAAAGAUCAAAUGAUAGAAAGCAAAAUAUGGAUCAGAAGAAAAUGGAAGAAAUUGAAGUUUGCUGUGCAGAACAAGUGAGCUUAGCAACAGUUUUUAAGGAUGAUAGUUUCGAAAUUCUCGAUAAAUAA